AUGGAAUUCACUCGCCUCCAGAAUUCAGAAUCAGAGCAUUCCCAGACAUUCCCAGACAUUCCAAGCCCGGCGUCAGAGGUUUCGGACCUCUGGGAGGCGUAUGAGUCCAUGCGCAAGUUGGCAAUCAAGAUGGCAAGGUGGAUCGAGGCAAACGAUGAAAGGGUGUCAAUAUUGGCGCAGGAGGUCCAAUUUCUGAACAAUCAGAUUCAUCAGCACGCCCAGAACAAGUCAAAAGAUCACUGGCUUCCAAGUACAGCUCGAGUGCUCACAAAAGACGACCAACUUGCCCUCAUUAGAGCAAAGGAGGAGGCAGCUAAAGCAAAGAAGGUCGGGAAAGGAGGCAGAAACGGCAGAAAACGGAAGCAGACCGCUGCACAAGAGAACCCUGACGCAGUCAGGCAUGCAGAGAGUGGCUCUGACGCGGAAGAGGCUGCCUAUCUGCAUCUGUACGAUGAUUCAGAAGAUUCAGAAUUGAACUUGGGAAACGGCGAAGAAGACUAUCUACCAUCCAUCACAACAGAUGUAGGAACCACAGCUCCUCUUCGCCGCAGCGCUCGGCAUCAAGGAGCCUUCAAUGCAGCACAAAACAGCAUUUCCACACUCCAAAUCCCAGAAUCAGCACUAAAAACGUCAGUACAAGCAGACAGAGACUCAUUAAAGCCACACUCUGCUGCCUUGGUGGCCGAACAGUCUCGACAGCUUGCAGGCUCACCUCCAACGGUCCCUCAGCAAGCUACCGCAAGAGCGCUCCGCACCCAAGAGAGCACACGGAGACAAUCUAUGUCUAUUUUACCCCCUAGUGCUAUCAGUAAUUUGGGAAAUGGCACUGAAACGGCAGGCGAGCUGUAA